GCUUUAAAAAGAAUGACACUCAACAAAAUUCCACAGCUUUGACUGGACUCGCCUGCCUUUUGCGUACGACUAGAAUGGCGUUCACAGACAAAUUUGUUCCUUAACAUAACAGGAAUCCAAGGCGGUUUAUUUAGGCUAAAAUGGUUGAAGUUUUGCCGUCAACGGACGGAGUUCGUGUUUGGAUCCGUAAUCAGCACGUGAACAGAGAGUCUAAUGAUUGAUGAGUUGUUGUUACAAUUCACAUCUUUCCACACGGUGAAGUUUUUUUUACAUGGAGGCGUCUGUUUGACGAUCCGGAGGACCGAGAAACUGGAGAGAAAACGAAAGCAAACAUAGAAGCAAUAAAGAAUUCAGCGAAAUUUGGAUGCGUUAUUAGGGCGUAUUAAAUUUCUAAGCUAAAUUUGGUGACAUUCUGUACAUCUUUUGACCAAGCGAGGGGAGAAGACGAAGAAGCGCCAGUGCUUUUGUUCCAUUUUAUUCUGUUCUGGCAUUUCGACAUUGUGAGGGAUCUGUGAUUGCAGCUUAGGGUUUUGGACAAGAGGAAAGGGAGUGGAUUUUUGGCUUUGGAAAGGUUUGUGUUGAAGGAGGAUGAAGUCUUCGUUGAUGAAGCUGCGAGGGCUUUCUAAGGGAAAACAUGGGGCAAAGGAGAAGGAUAAUUAUGGAAAGGAACGGCACAAGCAGAAGCGGCCGUUGCCUCAGCUCGACGAGCUAGCACAAGCUUGUCAGGAUAUAAAAGACAUGCGUGAAUGCUAUGAAGGUCUUAUAACUGCAUCAGCACUUACUACCAAUAGUGUUUUUGAAUUUUCUGAGUCAUUGCAAGAGAUGGGAAGUUGUUUGUUGGAGAAGACGGCAUUAAAUAAUGACGAAGAUAGUGGAAGAGUGUUGAUAAUGUUGGGAAAAGUUCAGUUUGAACUCCACAAGCUUCUUGAUCGAUAUCGCACUCAUAUUUACCAGACCAUAACAGCUCCUUCAGAGUCACUUAUAAACGAACUUCAAAAUGUGGAGGAACUGAAAGUGCAGUGUGAUGCAAAAAGACAAACAUAUGAGGAAAUACGAGCAGAGAGAGCAAAAGGAAAAUCCAAGACUGGUAAAGGGGAAAUAUUUACCUCUGAACAUUUGCAGUCAGCUAAAGAGGACUAUGAGAAUGAGGUGACACUCCUUGUUUUCCGGUUGAUGUCUUUGAAGCAAGGGCAAUCUCGCAGUCUUUUAACUCAAGCUGCCCGUCACUAUACAGCUCAGUUGCAUUUAUAUAGGAAGGGGCUUGCUUCUCUUGAGGCACUUGAACCUCAUGUAAAGAAGAUUGCUGAAGAGCAGCAUAUUGAAUAUCAACUUAAUGAGCCAGAGGAAGAUGAUGGUGAAGUGAGUUUUGAAUUCUAUCCAGAAUAUGAUGAUGAAUCUACCAGCUCUGAAAAUUCCAUGGAGUUAGACAGAUUUGAGUCAUCUUCUCCACGUUCAUCUCUGCAAGUUGAACCUUCCCAAACAGAGGCAAAACCCGAAGAGGUUGAGUAUAGACUUAGUAUUUCCAGGCGUCCAGUGGUUGGCAGUAAAUCAGCACCCUUGGCACCAUCUAUGUAUAGGAAGUCUGACAAUGUUGAGAACAUACAAGACACAAGCACAAUAACACUGAAAAAUCUGCACACUUAUGCUCUUCCAGUUCCAGUUGGUGGCAGAAGUCGGAAUACAACAGGGAGAGGAAGUAACUUUGCAAUGGGAUCAGGGACAACAGGUGGAACUGAGACUGUAGGCUCUUUGUGGCACACAUCUCCGUUAUCACAAUCCAAGAAUCGAAAUACAGGAUCAGAAGUUGCCUUGGCAAAGAAUGAGUUGAAUCUUCCUGAAUCAGCUGAAAACUUCCGUACUAGUCAUUUGUUGGGUCAAAAUGGCAUAUUGAGACGUCAACUACUCCCAGAAGAACCAAAUACAGGCAAUCCAGCAAACACAUUGCCUGUUCCAGCUUCAGUUGAAAGGAUGCCUAUGGUAAGGUUUGACAUUCCAGAUGCUUCGGAUUCUAAAAGAAUCAAACGACAUGCUUUUUCAGGUCCAUUGACAGCAAAGUUAACACGUAUACCUGGCAGUGGCCCAUUGACAUCUAAGCAUAUGGAGCCUUCAUUUAAGUCCGGCCCUAUCUUUCAUUCCUCAAAGGGUGGUACAUCGAAAAUCUCUCCCAAUGUGUCACCUCCUAAUCUAUCUCCAUCUCACAAAACUACGCUAUAUGAGCUUCCCAAGCCACCUAUUGAUUCAACAAAGCCCUUAAAGUCUUCUAAUAUAUCUAAUAUAACUCAUUCAGCACCUUUGAUGGCUAAGAAGAGUCAGGAGAAUUCAGUUAUACAAAAGCCUAGAUCAACAAUCCCAAAGCCUGCAUCUCCAUUGCCUCCACCUCCUCCUGGUCUUGCAACUCGUAGUCUCUCUAUACCAUCCAGUGGCCAAAAGGGUCAAUUUUUGCAGCUGCCAAAGACGACAGAAAUCCCAGAAAGGAUACAGUUCAUCGAGGAAGCUCCUUCACCGCCAUUGACACCUAUUCCCUUUCCCAGCACUAAAGCGAAACAAUCAAGUGCAAAUAUUUCUGGCACAUCCCGAGAAUCAUCAGAAGGGGUACUUGGCGAAACGGUUAAAUUGCAUGGAAGUUACUCGACACCAGAGGUGGAGCAUAGUCAAACUACAAAAGUAAUGACCAAGGCUUCAAAAUAUGAAUAGUUUUGUAAGGAAAUAGUGGCUAGAUCUGAAUAUGGAGUUUUUGCAAAGAAAUCUAUUUGUGUAAAUUAGUAAUGUAUAAUAUUAAAUUUGGUCGCUAAUCAUAAGCGGUACAUUUAUUGAUUUGGUCAAAGAUGAGGCACGAUUCUGUCUGGAACCUUGAGGAGAUAAAUAUGCUGUCAACACGUAAUGUACAUUUAAUGUAAAUCCAGAAAACCACAGGGAAAUAACUGGUGCGCUGAUUAUCAAUAUACAGAGAAUUGUGCCUUGUAUCGA